UUGGGAACAGCAAUAUUUUUCUACCGUAUUUUCACUAUUUUAUGGAACAUCAUCCAACUUCACAGAUACAAAAUGUAGGACAACCAUGCCAGCAACAACAAAAGAUUAACAUGCUACGACGAAGACGAAAUCCCUUGCACGAAGCGCGUGACCAUGCAUGUAAUUGCAGAGACACUGAAAUGCUGGAGGCGAAGUUCAUUAGCCCUCAAAAAGGCCGUGGUGUCUUUACCUUAGCACCAUUCCAGCAGGGUGAUUUUGUGGUUGAAUACAGAGGAGUAAUCAUUGAUGCAGCAGAAGCUCAUUAUAGGAGGAAAAUCUACCAUAAACAUUGGUGUGUCUUUUUGUUUGACUUUAAAUGGAAAGGCAAAUGGUGGUGCAUUGACGCAGCAUUGGAAGACAACAGUCUUGGGAGAUUGGUGAACAACGACCAUAAGACUCCUAAUUGCCGCAUGAAGUUAAUUGAGGUUGAUCGUAAACCACAUCUCUGUUUGUUCGCCCUCCGUGAUAUUUGCCAAAGAGAGGAGAUCACUUAUGAUUAUGGCGGAACAGACUGGCCAUGGAGAAAUGAGGGUGAUGAUGCCACUUGCAGCCUGGAAACUGUGCCUUCUACCAGUGAUCUCUCAACAUGUGCCACUCAGGGUGAUGAUGCCACUUGCAGCCUGGAAAAUGUGCCUUCUACCAGUGAUUUCCCAACAUGUGCCACUCAGGGUGAUGAUUCCACUUGCAGCCUGGAAAAUGUGCCUUCUACCAGUGAUUUCCCAACCAGUGAUCUCUCAACAUGUGCCACUCAGGGUGAUGAUGCCACUUGCAGCCUGGAAAAUGUGCCUUCUACCAGUGAUUUCCCAACCAGUGAUCUCUCAACAUAUGCCACUCAGGGUGAUGAUGCCACUUGCAGCCUGGAAAAUGUGCCUUCUACCAGUGAUUUCCCAACAUGUGCCACUCAGGGUGAGGAUGCCACUUGCAGCCUGGAAAAUGUGCCUUCUACCAGUGAUUUCCCAACCAGUGAUCUCUCAACAUGUGCCACUCAGAUGAAGUCAACCAUUAUUGCCUAUGAGGACUACACUGAAACUACUCCAGAUGAGGAUGAAGAUUAUAUUCCUUCCUCUGAAGAAUCCAGUUCUUCGGAAGGUUCUUCUGUUAUGCCGCCACCCAUAAUGAAAAGAAAGGCUAUUCAGAUGAAGUCCUCCAUUCCUGAUUAUCAAGAAUCCAGUUCUUCGGAAGGUUCUUCUGUUAUCAUUAUCAGGAGAGAGGUACUUAACAUGACGGAAACGGAAAUGGACCAGUUGGCUAAUUUCCUAGGACAUGACCUCGUUGUGCACAGAGAAUAUUACAGACUACCAGAGGGAACAUUGCAACUCGCAAAAAUCAGAAAGGUGCUGAUGUCUAUUGAACAAGGCCGACUAAUGGAAUUCAAAGGAAAAAAUCUCGAUGAAAUCGAAAUUCAACCUCACGAGAAAGUUCAGCUGCUAGAUGAGGGAAUGGAGGAUGAACACGAGGACAUUGGUGUCCAACCAGCAGAGGAGCCUCUCGGGAGGAUCGCGCCGUGUCAAAACAGGGACAAUGCUGUGCAGGGAUACGGCCGGGGCGCCGUCAACUGA